AUGCAGUCCGACUCGCAGGAUCGAGCUAGAAAGACAAUGGAUUAUUUGAACCGUUAUAUGAAGACCAGAUCUGCUUCAGAACACUUUUGGGUCAAUCACCAACGAUUCCUCCGUUCGAGGGGCUAUGAGCUGCGGCCUAGGUAUCACCCUGACUGGGUCCCCUCAUGGACGCUACCUGGAGCGACAGUUGGGGAUAAUGAGGACCAAUUCGAGGACUCGUACAAACCACGUAAGGACAGGGUCAUGGAUGCCACACGCAUUAGCGAUGGUCAAAAAGUUGUUCUGAGAUGCGUCACAACUUGGAAACCGGAGCUCACCACCUUACUAUACCUCAAUCUGGAUCGUAAUCGUCACCCACAUAAUCGAACUUUCCACCUUCUUGACAUCAUACCUCUCUGCGACAACGACGACGUCGCUAUCAUCGUCAUGCCCUUUCUUCGACUGUUCCAUUCGCCGCCAUUUCGACAUUUGCGAGAGCCAGUCGACGCAAUGCGACAGCUUUUCCAGGGAUUGAAGUUUCUGCAUUGGCACAAUAUCACUCAUGGGGAUGCAUGUCUAUAUAACCUAAUGAUGGAUUCGUCCCAAGUAGUCCCUGAUGGCUUCCACUUCCUUCGCCCCCAGUACAAGCCCAGCGGGGGGGACCAUUAUGAAUGGCGGGACAGGUGCUACGCUGACCCGCCUGUUGCUUACUACUUCAUCGACUUCGGACUUUGUGGGUACCAUCCUAAUGGCCCACAAACUGCUCAAGCCAUCGGUAUCUGCGGCCAAGAUCGGACAGUCCCAGAACUGUCAAAAACAGUCCCGUAUAAUCCGUUCAAGGUCGAUAUUUACCAACUUGGAAAUACUUUCGUUGAGCUUAGCGAGCAAUAUCCUAUUCUUAUGACUACCUUUGGUCCUCUACUCCGAGCCAUGACACGUCAAGACCCUCAGGCGCGCCCAACGGCAGCUGAGGUUCUGGAUCACUUCGAGGAGAUCUGUUCUCGCAUACCGCCCUCAGAACUCGCAGAAAAAAUGCACUACGAGCUCCGUUCAAACGGAUAUGACAGUGGCGACUCGGUGUCGGACCACGAAUUAUUCUCAGCCCCUUCCUCCUCGGAGCAUCUGCCAUAUGAAGAAAACGAUGGUGUGCAGAGCAACAAGCCUGAUGCUGCAAACGAUGGAUUGAACGAGGCUUCAAGUUGA